UCAGUUGUUGGUGUCAUCCGCCAUACUGGAUUGGCAGCUCCUCGCGAGACAACUUCCGGCUCACGUUGUAUCUCCUUGUGUCACUGCUGACUCCAGAAGUCCUUUAUUGGACUUGUGUGUAUCCAUUCAAAAUGUCUGAAAACAACAGUGCACCAGACUCGUGGGAGGCGGCAGCUGACGAGACAGUAGGGAGUCUUUCUUCUAACUUCACAACACUCAACGUGAACGCCCCGGUCUUCAUCCCCAACGUGAAUGCGCCCGAGUUCGUGCCUAGCUUUAUGAAGGAAGAAGGAGGCCAGACCCAACCUGCGGCGCCAGAUCCGCCUCCGGAGCCAGUGGCAGGGACACCCGAAGAGCCAACCAUGAACAACGACGGAGACAUUACAGCAGACUCUUGGGAGGAAGCAGCCGACGCCGCAACUCCAUCCCCCUCCCGUGAGACGCCGCCGACCCCUCCCACCCCGGGUACACCAGAUGAGGAUGAUGAUGAAGACAGUGAUGAGGUUAAGAAACCCAAGAAGAAGCCACUAGAUGAAGACGAUUCCUUGCCCAAAAAAGAACCAGUCAAUGUAAUUUUCAUCGGUCAUGUUGAUGCAGGAAAGUCAACAAUUGGUGGUCAGAUUAUGUACUUAACUGGAAUGGUUGAGAAGAGAACCUUAGAGAAGUAUGAGAGGGAGGCGAAAGAGAAGAACAGGGAGACGUGGUAUUUAUCUUGGGCACUAGACACAAAUCUUGAAGAGCGUGACAAGGGGAAAACAGUAGAGGUGGGAAGAGCGUAUUUUGAGACAGAGCAGAAACACUUCACAAUCCUGGAUGCUCCGGGUCACAAAAGUUUUGUGCCUAAUAUGAUUGGUGGUGCCUGCCAAGCUGACUUAGCUGUUUUGGUUAUAUCUGCAAGAAAAGGUGAAUUUGAAACAGGAUUUGAGCGAGGAGGCCAAACUAGAGAACAUGCAAUGUUGGCCAAGACUGCCGGAGUAAAACAUCUAAUUGUAUUAAUCAACAAGAUGGACGAUUCAACAGUGCUAUGGUCUGAAGUUCGCUACAAUGAAUGUAAAGAAAAACUGGUCCCCUACCUCAAAAAGCUUGGCUUCAAUCCAAACAAAGAUAUCAUGUUUAUGCCAUGUUCAGGACUCACUGGUGCUAACCUCAGAGAACCUAUUGAUGAAAGUUUAUGUCCAUGGUAUAAAGGCCCUGCAUUUAUACCAUAUAUCAACGACUUACCGGCUCUUAAUCGUAAUGUAAGUGGACCUUUCAUGAUGCCUGUGGUAGACCGUUACAACGACAGAGGAACAAUCGUCAUGGGGAAAGUGGAAUCCGGAUGUUGCAAGAAAGGCGAUAGUGUAUAUGUAAUGCCAAAUAAGACUCCAGUCACAGUUGACAUGUUGUGGAGAGAUGAAGAUGAAACUGGGUCUGUCAACUGUGGUGAAAAUGUGAAGGUGAAGCUCAGAGGUGUAGAAGAGGCUGAUGUUGCCCCAGGAUUUGUUCUCUGUGAUCCUAACAACCCAUGCAAGACAGGGAGGAUAUUUGAUGCACAGGUCGUUAUCUUGGAACACAAGUCAAUUAUCUGUGCGGGCUACUCUGCAGUUUGCCACAUUCACUCUGUAGCCGAGGAAGUUACUGUCAAACUACUUAUAUGCUUAGUUGACAAGAAGACGGGAGAAAAAUCAAAGGUUCGGCCGCGGUUUGUCAAACAAGAUCAGAUUGCUAUCAUGAGAUUUGAGACUUCAGGAGUUAUUUGUAUGGAGGCUUUCAAGGACCACCCGCAACUUGGACGAUUUACAUUAAGAGAUGAAGGCAAAACCAUUGCCAUUGGUAAGGUUUUGAAAGUAGUGGAGUAAAAUAUUGGACCUUGGCGAGCCUUCGGUAAAUUGCAUGUCAGAUAACCAAAAACAUCGUAUGAGUACUGAAGUUAUGUGCAUUGCCUUUCUUUGGAAAUUUGCUCACAUCAGGAGCUUAUGAGAUGUUCUUGAGAGGUUCAUCGGUAUAAAUCAGUCUCGAGAAAACUAAGAUGACAUAAAUCCUCAAAUGAAUCACAUGAAGGCAGAAGACUCGCACAAUUGGUCCAUCCACCAAUCAGCAGAGAGAAUCAAAGUGCGUGGAUGUCCUGCCAGAAUCUCCGCCUUUUCCCUCUACCUGCCAUGCUCAACCCUCGAAGACAAAUCCUCACUGCAAGAAUGUGUCUUUGUAUGCCCACAGUUGGCAGGCCGUUGAGAGAGAGAGAUCACGGUGGAAGAAAUAUGUAAAUGAGAUCAUUGUGGAUUGUCUCCUCUUACAAACAUCUCUUAUGCAAAGAGAUUUCCUGAGAUAGCUUCAUGAAUGUGGUUUUUGUGCAUAUUAAAGUGAUAAAGUAUACAUAGAAUGGGUGGGAGUAAAGUGAGCAGGGAAUCUUGAGGUGAUUGAAAGAUUGAGUGCAUCCAAGGAUACCACUGAGCACACAGUAGGCUUAACAGGAACUGAAAUUUUUGCACCAGACCUUAGGAAGUGUGCUGACCCAGUCAAUAUGUGCUAUAGCAGUACAGUACACAGGUUUGUUAAGGUUUUUAAUGUGAAAUUAUAAAUGUGGAAUGCUAAGUCAAUUUAGAAUCUUAAAUAAUUUUAUUGGCAUUUGAAAUAAAUGGGUAUAUGAACUCUUUUUAAUUGUUAACAAAUUGAGAAUUGUUAAAAAAACAAAAACAAUAUGAACAAUCAAUUUCCUGACAGAAUCCUGCUAAAGCCUUCCAGACUGGACUUUGUGUGUAUCUUUUCUGAGGGUGAGAUGAAAUGGCAGUGGGUAUUCCUUCUUAUGUGAUAAAUAGCACGUUACAGGUACCACAUGCAUCCUUGCUUCCUCCUCUGUGCCUGUGGUUGCACGUUUUAGUGUUAACAUGCAGUGGCUUAUAUUUGUGGUGGUUCUCCUCCUCAGGAGUGUUACAGCUGUCCUUUCAUUCACACAGCUGUCCAAGGGCGGGCUGUCUUUAGUCCAGAUGGCACAGAGGAUGAGAGAUGGGACAUUGCCUGUGCAGUGUGAGCCCAGUGCUACUGCUAAUCUAGGAGUGGGGGCUCCAGAACUCCAUAGCUUUUUGUAUUUUUUUUUUUUUUUAUAAUAUAUAUAUUAUAUAUAUAGCCUUCACCUUCUGGACUGGGAAUGAGAAAAGUACUGGUGCUAUGGAGUGUACUGGGUGCCUUGCUCAUUUCAUAAUUCGUGGCUUGUUCAUGCUGCUAAAUUGUUUGACUUUUGUUAUAAUUGAGCUAUUGUAUGUAAUUCCGAUUGGAAUUACUAAUGGUUCCCUAUACUAUUCAUAUUGCAAUUUUUGUUUUGGCAGUUUAUUAGGCUUAAUGAAAGGAUAGGUUAGUAAAUCACAUACUUUUUUGUAUUCCAAGAGCUGCCAGUAGCCCUUGUAUAAAGAGUUAUUUAUAUAUUUGCUGUUGCAAAUUUUUUCUCAAUAACCCAAGAAUCUUUUUAUUGUGGUUAUCCUGUCUAAAUGGAAAACUUGUUCGAAUAUACAGGACGUGGAGGGUGA